UGUUCGCAGUGGAAUGGAUUUAGCGUCAAACGCAACGGGGUGUCUGAAGGUAGCGGUGUAUGUGUACUAUCCGUUCAUCUUCAUGUCUCAGGACGGGCCGCCUUACCAAGUGACAGGCUCCAUGAUAGAAGUGAUGGACAUCCUUGCGGAGACUCUCGACUUCUGCUUCAAGUACGUGGUGCCAGACGACAGACAGUUCGGGCGACAGGAUGCCAAUGGCUCCUGGACGGGAAUGAUCGGUCUUCUGGCGCGACAUGAGGCGGACAUGACCGGGGUGGUGGUGGGCCUGGACUUGGAUAGGAGAACAGUCGCGGACUUCAGUGACUUCCUCUACAUGGACCAGGAGAGACUCAUCUACAAGCGUCCUGUGGUGGAGAGUGACAUGGCAGGGUUCCUGAAGCCUUUUACUCUUUCCUCAUGGAUGAUGGUGGUGGCGACGCUGGUGGCGAUGGCUGGCGUGGUGCUGCUCACAAGACAAGUCACGCCUCAGCCUGCUCGCCACUGCCCCGGAACAGAUGGUGAAAGUUCCAGACAGCAAGAGACAGUCUGGAACUCUCUACUGGACACUGGACUGUGGAGCGUGGCCGUGUCCUUAGCGCAGUCCUCCACUCUGGUGCCACGAGGGAUGAGGCAGAAGGCAGUGGUGGGCAUGUGGCUGCUGCUAGCUCUGAUCAUCUCCACGGUGUAUCGCUCCAACCUGAAGGCCAUGCUGAUCAAGCCGCGCCUCGUCCUGCCUUUUAGCAACCUCGAGGAGCUGGUGGAGACGAGUAUUCCCUGUUUCACCUUUCGUGGCACCCUCCUGCAUCGGAAUAUUGAGGCAGCAGAGGAGGGCACGACCAUGUGGCGACUGAACAAGGUGCUGUACACUCACAACGACGUAGCGCUCGGGGUGAGGGACAUGUCGCUCGGCAAACACGUCCUCUUCACCACAUACGUCGGGCUGCUUUCCGUCCUUCACUCGCACUUCCUUCAAACGAAGAGCUGCUCCCUUUACAUGACAGACGACAGCUACUACGGGUCCAAAAGCCUCACUCUCGCAUUCCCAAAGGGCUCCCAACUCCGCCAGAAAGUGGACCCUAUAAUCGUUAAACUACGUGAGUUCGGGAUUCUGGGCCGAGCCUUCAUGAAGUUCGUAGCGCACUCCAAGACGUGCCUCAACUCCGAUCCCGGCAGCGUGGACAGCGCCCUCAGACCGCUGCAGAUGGGCGAUAUGUACGGCGUGUGUCUCGUCUACGUUGGUGGAAUAACUUUGGCGGCUGCAACUCUACUGAUGGAAGUUGUGAUCGCCUUAAGGAAGAGAGGCGGCAAGCGCUCGGCAAGAGAGUGAUGGAUGGCUCUUAUGCAUGUCAUCCUGAUCACCAGUAAUGCUCAGGUCAUGCAAGUGGGGACUGUAUGCGUGUUACUAUACACUCCUAUACAUAUGGUCAUCUAGUAAAGGUAUAUACAUACAAAAUAAAGCAAAUAUGUUUUAUAUAAAUUACAGGACUUGGUAAUACAUUGUAGUUCUUUAAAUAUCAUACGAGGGAUGUAAGAAAAUGACAGACACACCGAAUAUAAUGAUAAUAAAUACUGUACAUGGUUGACUUCAGAUUCAAUACCACCCUGGACUAGAAAAUUAAACUCAUUACAGGUAAUACAGUAAGGCCAGGUAAUGUGGCCAGGUGUGUACUUUGGAUCGCUUCACUCUGAGUCCUGUCUAGUAGAGCCAGAGUGAUGCUGCUUCGAUACCUGUUCUGAAAGAGACUAGAGGUCUGGCAGGGUGAGGAGGAACAGUCACGGGGGAGCAGUCGUGUGAGAUUCUGCAUUCACUUCACUUGUGUUGAUCGUGGUGGCUUAUCGUAAGUGGUAGCGCGUUUGACUACAGCACACAAGAAAUCAUAAUUUCGAAUCCUGGUCGAGACCGAGUAUGGAA